GGCGUAUUUGUUUGGUCUGCAGGAUCGCUACUGGAUCGCUCCGCGAUAGUUGGUUUGGGAACAGCUGGUCUACUGGAGAGCUACCGCUUCUCCAUUUCGAGACCCAGGUAGCAAGUGGAGAGACCACGUGACAACUUCAUUCACCAUGGCCGAAACGGAAAGCGUGCAUUUGCAGUGUGAAUCUUGCAAAUCUCUUUACAGCAAUAUGGACGAAUUUUUACGCCAUUCUUGUAUCAGUGCAGGCCUAAACUCCCAACAGUCUACAUGUACAGAGACUGGUGAUUCCCGUGAUGAUUCAGCCUCAUCAUCAUGCUCAACAUCCAACUCACCGUCUUUUUGGAGCGAUUCAGCAACGAAGAUUCUUAUCAAUGAGGUGAAACAAAGAGAAGUUCUUACAAACAAAGGGAAGCAAACUAAAAAGAGAAUGUGGGAGGAUAUUUCAAAAGUAUUGGCUGGAAAUGGUUUCCGGUUUACAUGGGAGCAGGUGCAAGGGAGGAUGAAGACUCUUACUACCAACCUGAAGAAAAUCAAUGACCACAAUUCAAAAUCAGGUAAUGACAGAAAAACAUGUCCAUAUAUGGAAGAAAUGAGUGAAUUGUUUCAAGGAAAUCCCGUUAUAAAACCCAAAUCAACCUUGGGCACAUCUAUUUCAAACAAGAGAAAGCAAUGCAGUGAGGAUUCUUUGGAAAGUAGUACCGGUAUAUCAGAUGAUGAAGAUGAUAAGAAUAAAAAGAGUACUGAAAAAGCUGGCACAUGUACGUCAAUCAAAAAAAAAAAAUCUGCAGCUACUGAGAUUGUUGAAUUUCUCAAAGAUUACACAGGAAAUCAGAAAGAGGAGAGGGCUUCAAAUAUGAAAGAAAGAAAAGUAAUGCAUAAUGAAAAAAUGGACUUGUUAAGAGAAUUCAUUAAUGCUGUUAAAAAAUAAGUCGACAUGUAGGUGAUCAGGGUUGUUGCAUGUGUAAAUAAGUGGGUUAACAUUGUUUUUUUUAUGUACAUCAUUUAGAAGAUAAAGCAACAAAACAACAUCAUGCUUAACAGUUAGUUUUUUUACAAUACAGAAAUAAUGUUUGAGUGAAGUGUAUACAUUGUGUAUCCAUACAUUUUUAUACAUGU